AUGGCUCGUAAAGCGCAUUUCGGAUACGGUUUCUUCCUGAUAAUUGGAUUUUUGCUCACGCUCGUUGCUCUGUUCACUCCUGGCUGGCGGAGCUACAAAGAUAAGAGCGGUUCUUACGAUGACGUCUUCAUUUGGAAUCUAUUUUCAGGCCAAGGCGCCCCAGACAUUGGUCUUGUCUCCAGAAACUGCGGAUCUGGGAAUCGGCAGGUGGAGGCUUACGACUGCAAGGCAUACGGAAGGUUCCAGUUGCCAUUCGAGAAGCUUACGCUCGCGCUUAUGAUUAUUGCUGUCAUUCUGGAAGUUUUCUCCAUCGGAUGCUUCAUCGGCCUAUUCAGCCCAAGAGCAAGACUCGGAAUGCCUGCGUUCAGUACCACCGGACUCGCUUUUAUCAGCCUUUUUGUGGCUAUUGUGGUGUACGGUGUAAGGAUGCAGUAUAAAGUUGGUAAGCUAAUCUAGAUAACAAUUGGAACACUGCACUGUAUGUCAACUUUCAGCCUAUCUCCAAUCCACGACCUAUGAGCUUCUCGCGAAUGUUUAUCUCGGGUAUUCCUAUUGGCUGGCUGUCAUUGCCACAAUCGUGAUUCUUAUUGCGUCCAGUUUGUCUGGAAGUCUGAUUGGUCCUGCUGAAAGUGAUCAUCUGCAUUGA